AUGAUGUCGAAAUUCUUUGCUCUGUUUGCUGUCAUCCUCUUCGCAUUUGUCCUGUCUGCCCAGGCUGCUCCAGCUCCAGCUCCAGCACCAGAACAAAUUUUGGAUGCUCAAACUGCCAUACAGAAAAUAAUUGCUGCAUACAACCGGAUUCCAGGCAAAUCAAUUGUCCAUCCAUGGGAAGUGGCCACUCUAAUUGACCCCAACACCUUUGUGGCACACUAUUGA